CGGGUUCAACUCCUUUAUUUUCCUUCCCGGCUCUCUCUAUUCUCUCUCUCAACAUUUAACUAACACUUCUCUCCAUGGCUAUGCCGUCUCUACGAUCUCUCCGGAGAUCCUCACCAUCCAUUCUCCCAUUCUACUCGAUCCGAUGGCUCCCGUUCAAUCAAAUUUCGACUUCGACUUCGAUUUCAUCGUCUUCAUCGAUUUUGCGGCCUCUGCUCACCGAUUCGAGUUCGGAUGGCGAUCGGUUGCGGAUCGCUGCUUCUAUUGGUGGUUCCUUCCUCAAGUUGGCCUCAGGAAUUUUGCUUGCCUCCGGCUUAGGGUUUCUUUAUGUGUCUGGCACUUCUGAUUCGCCUGUAUUAGCUUUUGCCGAUUCAACUGUGGUGAAUAAUGCUGAAGAUGAUGUCGUCGAGCAGCCGUAUUCGACUUCUUUUUUCCGGAAAUUUUCUCUGCCGGAAAUCUCCUCCAAGUUUCUGUUCAGAGAGGAAUUUCGACGAAAGGUAUUCUUCAAUUACGAGAGACGCAUUCGAUUAUACAGCCCUCCCGAGAAGGUCUUUGAGUAUUUUGCAUCAUUUCGUGCACCAGAUGGAGAAUUGCUCAUGCGACCAAUGGAUCUAAUGCGGGCAGUGAUUCCUGUCUUUCCACCUUCUGAGUCACAUCUUGUUAGAGAUGGAUAUUUAAGCGGCGAAAGAAACCCCGGCGAGCUACGUUGUUCCCCUUCUGAUUUAUUCAUGCUGUUUGAUUUGAACAAUGAUGGCCAUGUAUCUUUCAAAGAGUACAUCUUUUUGGUAACACUACUCAGCAUCCCAGAAACAAGUUAUCUUGUGACAUUUAAAAUGUUCGACAUCAAUAAUGACGGAGAGAUUGAUAAAGAAGAAUUCAAGAAAGUGAUGGCUUUGAUGCGUUCGCAAAACAGACAGGGCGCUCAACAUAGAAAUGGACGUCGUAGCGGAUUAAUAGUUGAUGGCUGUGUGGAGAAUGGAGGUUUGGUAGAGUACUUCUUUGGUGAAGAUGGAAAUGCAUGCCUCCAACUUGAGAAAUUUGUCCAAUUUAUGAAAGAUUUGCAGAGAGAGAUGUUGAGAUUGGAGUUUGCACAUUAUGAUUAUAAAUUAAGAGGAAGCAUAUCCGCAAAGGACUUCGCAUUAUCCAUGGUUGCCUCAGCUGACUCGUCUCAUUUAGGCGGGCUGCUCAAUCGAGUGAACGGAAUGGACGAUAAACCACAAGUUAGGGACAUUCGUAUUACGUGGGAGGAGUUCAGGGAUUUUGCCGCUCUACGCAGAAAACUUCAGCCAUUUUCUCUGGCAUUAUUCAGUUAUGGAAAGGUAAACGGCCUCCUGACGAAGAACGAUUUUCAGCGGGCUGCACGCCAGGUGUGUGGCAUAUCUCUGUCGGACGAGGUGGUGGACAUAAUAUUUCAUGUAUUUGAUACAAAUUGUGAUGGGGAGCUGAGUGCGGAGGAAUUUGUAAGAGUAUUGCAUAAUCGAGAGAAGGAUGUUGCUCAACCUGUGGAAGCAGGAAUGAUGGGGCUUUUCUCUCGCUGCGAAACCAGUUGUUGACCUUUUUGCAGGUUUGCUUUCUUCUUAGUUUAUUAGUCACUGUGUAAAAAGCUUACCCACCCAUUUUCAUCUUAGGUGCUUUUGACAUGUAAAUAAUAAAUAAUAAAUAAUAGCGUAUUUUCUCCCCCGACUCUAAAGAUUUUAAUUAAAUGGUUAAGUCAUUAGGUUUGAAAGUUUGAAACA